UCCGUCGCCUCACACAGCUCCACCAACCUCUUUGAGAGAGAACCAAAUCAAUCUCCUUUGUUUCCCUGUCGGAACCAAACCAUUGGAUCUGAUCCCUAUAUCAAGAGGAGAAUGAGCGAUGACGAAUUGCAAGGGAGUACUGAUCCAGUGGACCUUACCAACCAUCGUUCAGGGCUAGUCCCCACUCUUCAAAACAUCGUCUCGACGGUUAACUUGGACUGCAAGCUAGACCUAAAAGAGAUAGCUUUGAAAGCACGUAACGCCGAAUUCAACCCUAAACGUUUCGCCGCCGUGAUCAUGAGGAUAAGGGAACCAAAAACCACGGCGUUGAUCUUCGCCUCGGGGAGAAUGGUCUGUACCGGAGCCAAGACCGAGUGCUUCUCCAAGCUGGCUGCUAGAAAGUACGCUCGCAUAGUUCAGAAACUUGGGUUCGACGCUAGGUUCAAAGACUUCAAGAUCCAGAACAUUGUAGCUUCUUGUGAUGUGAAGUUCCCUAUAAGGCUUGAGAUUCUUGCCGUCUCUGUUCACCGCGACUUCUUGAGCUACGAGCCGGAGAUGUUUCCAGGACUCAUUUAUAGGAUGAGAGAACCAAAGAUUGUGCUACUGAUCUUUGUGUCUGGGAAGAUUGUUAUCACUGGAGCCAAGAAGAGAGAGGACACUUACAAAGCCUUUGAGAAUAUAUACCCAGUGCUCACACAGUUCAAGAAGAUAUGCAUUCAUAGGUAGGUCACUGAUCUUGGAGUUGCGAAACUAGUUGGUGUUGUCAACAUAUAUAACCAAGUAUGAGAAAACUCAUAUGGUGUAAGAGUGUUUUUUUGAGGUACCUUUGUGUUAUGGAUUC